GAUCCUAUUAUCUAUAAAAUACUAUCUUCAUAUAUAUAUGAUAACAAUAUUAAGAUUUAGUUAUAUUACAUGAAUACAUUUAUAGUUGCAUCAAUUGCUUUUCCUAUAUAUUUAUAAGUAUAUUCUCAUAUGUACAAGUAUAUGUUUCAUAUCCUAUAAAUAUCCUAGACCUAAUCCUUAUCCUUUCUAAAUUCGUUUGUGUUAGGUAUUUUUAUUACUAUUAUCGUUUCCCCGUUUUGUUCUUGGCAAAAUACCCUAAUAUCGGGGUGAACGCCACAAAAAAAGAAAAAAAAAAAAAAAAAAACUACCUAUUAGAUAGUUUUUAAAUAUGUUAAAUACACAAGAUGGAUUAGAUGUUUAUAAAAGACUGGUACGCUAUUAUUAUAAUGGGUUUCUUAAUUUUGUUUUAAACGAUGAAGAUAUUAGUGCUCUUACUUGGAGUAAACAACAGGAAUUACUACAAUCAAUAGUCCAUUGCUCUUUGAUUAAAAAAUACCCCGUUAACAAUGAAUUUUCAAGAUUAUAUUUUAAAAAACUUAUAUCAUGUUUGGAAAAAGCAGGACAAGAAGUUCAUGAUGAAUUAUAUAUAGGAUUAUGUAAUAUAAUGAAUAAUACUUCUGACGAUAAUUUAUUUCGCUAUCGUCAUCACAUUAUUGGUAAUGAUUUUAAUAAUAUUAUUACCAUAAAAGAGACUAAAAAUAUGGUUGUAAAUGGUACAACAGGAAUGAAAACAUGGGAGGCAGCAUUUAUGCUUGUGGACUGGGCACUAUGUAAUCAAGGUGUAUUUCGUGAUAAAACAGUAUUUGAACUGGGUUCUGGAGUUGGUUUUACUGGCAUUGUUAUAUCGAAGUUUUGUAAACCAAGGGAAAUGAUAUUAUCGGAUUGUCAUGAUGAUGUACUCAAGAUGAUAAGUGAUAAUAUUGAAAUUAAUUUUCCUAAUAUGACAGUGAAGGAAGUUAAUAAUUGUAAAUCAUUUGUUAACGAAAAACAUUGUUUGGGUACAAUGAAUUUAGAUUGGAACAAUGAUAAUAAUAUGGAAAAUAUAGCACUAAAGAAACCACCAGAUAUUAUAAUUGGAGCAGACAUAGUAUAUGAUCCUUCUUUAUUACUUCCACUUUGUAAUGUCAUCCAAGAUUUCUUACAAAGCAAUAAUAAUAUAGAAAUCUAUAUUGCUAGUGUCAUUCGCAAUGAAGCUACAUUUGAAACUUUUUUAAGCAUAUUAGAUACGAAAGGUUUGACAUAUCAUAAGUUGCAGCAAGAAGAAAGCGUAUUUGUAGAGUGGGACAACACUAUACAAAGAUGUUUAUUAAAAAUAAAGAUGCUUUCAUAAC